GCCGAAGCUUUUAUGCGCAAGCACAAAAGUUUUUGUUUUGUUAUGGUCCAUAUGCGAUUUUAUGGUCCAUAUGUGGCCCACAAGUUUAUAGACCAUGCGAUCUGUCAAUGUUCAUUUGAUGAAGAUAGUAUCUAUAACAUACUGGAUAUCAACACUCACUUUGGUGUGCAAAAUUAGAGCGACGCUGAAAAAGCGUCAAGUGUUUAUUAGUCAGACAAAAUAAUUAUCUGGAGAGUUCAUUGGUUUAAUGAACCUUCUUAUAAAUAUCAUUUUAACUUGAAGAAAAACUGAAAAGUAUCGUUUAAAAUUUAAUGAUGCUGAGAUUAGUUGUUUUGUGUUCAUAUUUGUUCGGCAUUUUUGCAAGCCGAGUCGAGACCCAGCUUCGAAAAGAUCUCCUCCAAGACUACGAUUUCCAAUCACGCCCUGUUGAAAACCACUCGACAAUUGUUCACAUCUACUAUGAAACAGCAAUUUAUCAACUAGUCGGGUUUAGUUCUGAGGCGCAAACAAUCAAAAUGCUGACAUUUCAACGUAUGGAGUGGAUCGAUGAGUUUUUACGCUGGGAUCCAGCUAACUACUCUGGAAUCGAAAGUAUGCGGCUCUACCGGCCGAACCUCUGGACUCCAGACGUCGUGCCUUUCAACGAUGUCGGGAAUACCAAGUACGACAGAUUCAACUAUGUGGUCCCCAUUUUGGUUCGGCAUACAGGUUUAGUUCACUGGGCUCAGCCGGCGAACUACGAAACUAGUUGUUCUAUGGACACGACUCGUUUCCCCUUCGAUUCUCAGACGUGUCAUAUUUCUAUUGGCUCCUGGCAGUAUUCAACUUCGGAGAUCAGGAUGUCAUGUGACCACGUGGACUUGUCGGUGUACAGUUCAGAUAGCCUGUGGGAACUGCAAAGUGCCACUUGCAAAGAGGAAAUCUCGGACACCGAUAACCAGUCAUACAGUGAUGCAAUCAUAACUGUCACCUACGAUCGGAUCCAAACUUACUUUGUAGUCAAUCUUGUCGUUCCUAACGUCAUGCUUCUAAUCUUGAGCUCACUUACUUUUUUCAUCCCUGGAAAACUGGGGGAGAAAUUGGGAUACGGAAUAACCGUCACUCUUGCUCUGACUGUUAGUCUAACAAUCUUCACUGAUUUUCUCCCGAUGACAUCGAAACACUUCCCCAAACUGUUCACGUUUUUCCUGACAAGUGUGAUGUUGUCUGGCUUGACAAUGGUUUUGGCGACUAUUUCAAUUAACUUCGAUCAUCAGGUCCAUGAUGAUGAUAAUUCAGAUACCUAUGCCAAGGAUUCUUCUCAAACGGUAUCCAAUAUGGCUCUAAGUGACUUCGGAACCAAGAGGAAGAAACAGGCAAUCAGCCCCAGAUUGGUUGACGUCGUGAUCGGAACUGUAUACUUGAUCGGAGUUCUGGUUUACACAAUCGCGUUCUUCGUAACACUGUGAAUAAAACUCUCCUGCGAUAUAAAUACAAAAACCAAAAACUUUCCAAAAAUUGUAUAUAUCACGAACCGCAAUUCAAUUAAUUGUGUUUCCAUGUUACAAAAAUAAA